GCCUAUUGAGAUGUGGAAAAAGUUGCAGACUGAGGUGGACCAACUACUUGAGACCAGACAUUAAGAGAGGGAAUUUCAGUAAAGGAGAAGAGGAUACAAUCAUCAACUUACACGAAAUGCUUGGGAAUAGAUGGUCUGCAAUCGCAGCAAGAUUACCGGGUCGGACCGACAAUGAGAUUAAAAAUGUUUGGCACACCCACUUGAAGAAAAGGCUCAAAAAUUAUCAAAGCACCUCCAACACCAAAGGACAAACAGUGACAGAGCCCAAAUGUGAUUCCAAUGCCUCAAGUGAAUCCAACACCAUGAAUUCGGGUUUUGAGAGUUCUGAGUAUGCAUCAGCUUCCCCACAAGAUUCUUCUAGUGAACUCUCAUCGGUCACAGACUUACCUGGCUUACCAAACAACGUAGUCAUUAAGGACAAAUCAAUGGACACAUCUGAGACAUUUCCUCAAAUUGAUGAAAGUUUUUGGUCCGAAGAAUUAUCAACCGGCAAUUCCACCAUGCAAUCGGACUUUGCUGGUUUCGCCGAGGAGUUACAAUUUCAAUUUCCAUUAUCUUCAUCAAUGACUGCUUCUAUUGGUACAAUGGAACAUGUCAAUGAGUACAACUUCAAUAUUGAUGAUGACAUGGAGUUUUGGUAUAACCUUCUCAUUAAAGCUGGUGGUUUACCAGAAUUAUCAGAAAUCUGAGCAGUAUUUUUCUUUGUAUUAAAUGUAGCAAAUAUUAGAAAAUUUGAAUAUUCUUGAUACAUUUGACCGUUAAAGAGGAGUUGAGAUCCUCCCCUUGCGCUC